AUGCCUCACAGAGCACAUUCGCCCGCUCUGUCCGAGAAUGGGUUGGACAUCAGCACUGCAUUAUUUGGUGGAGGAGCCAGUUCAGAAGAGUUAGGUAAUCAGGUCGCGCAGAAUCAAACACAAACACAGGGUCUAUAUGUACUGGGGGAAGAUCCCGAUAGCGACGAUGCCGCAAUAUUGGCAGCUCAAGCUGCCUCGAAUCGUAAAGCUUCCAAUCUCAAAGGUCGAACGGUCAAGAAAGGUGGUGGCUUCCAAGCCAUGGGUCUUAAUGCGAGCUUACUGAAGGCUAUCACUCGAAAGGGCUUCUCUGUGCCGACUCCUAUUCAGCGAAAGACUAUACCUCUUCUACUUGACAGGAAAGACGUCGUUGGUAUGGCAAGGACCGGUUCUGGAAAAACUGCUGCUUUCGUUAUACCCAUGAUAGAAAGAUUGAAGGCUCACAAAACUCAAGUUGGAGCGAGAGCUCUAAUUCUGUCGCCUUCUCGAGAAUUGGCUUUACAGACACUGCAGGUCACUAAAGAGCUGGCAAAAGGUACAGAUUUGAGAUGUAUUCUCCUCGUUGGUGGCGACAGUCUUGAGGACCAAUUCAGUGCCAUGUCAACAAAUCCUGAUAUUGUUAUUGCCGCUCCUGGUCGCUUCGUGCACCUAAUGGUCGAGAUGAACCUGGAUCUAUACUCCAUGCAAUACGUCGUCUUCGAUGAAGCUGAUCGCCUUUUUGAAAUGGGAUUCGCUGCUCAACUGUCUGAGAUUCUACACGCAUUGCCCUUUUCAAGGCAGACUCUGCUUUUCUCAGCCACUUUGCCAAAGUCCUUGGUCGAGUUCGCUCGAGCUGGUCUACAGGACCCUGUCUUGGUCCGUCUGGAUGCUGAAAGCAAGAUUUCCCCAGAUCUACAAAGUGCAUUCUUUACAGUCAAGUCAUCCGAGAAGGAAGGAGCUCUACUGCAUAUCUUACAGGACGUGAUACACGUUCCAACAAGGUCUACUUUAGGCUCUGGACAAAACAGCGAGGAUGGCAAACAACGAGGAAAGAAGCGCAAGAGAGAUGGUGAUGAUGGCACCACGAAGCCUGCUACGAAUCCUUACUCGACUAUUGUGUUCGCAGCCACUAAGCAUCGCGUCGAGUAUCUCGAUAUUAUGCUGAAGAGGGCUGGCUAUGCGGUCUCACACGUGUAUGGUAACCUCGACCAGACUGCCCGAAAGGAACAGGUUCAAGCAUUUCGAUCCGGCCAAACGAAUAUCCUUGUCGUUACUGAUGUAGCUGCAAGAGGUAUCGACAUUCCCGUUCUCGCCAACGUUAUCAACUACGACUUCCCAUCCCAGCCAAAAAUCUUUGUCCACCGAGUCGGUCGAACUGCUCGAGCUGGACAAAAAGGUUGGGCCUACAGCAUCGUGCAUGAUGCUGAUGCUCCUUAUUUGCUGGACUUGCAACUGUUCCUGGGCAAGAAGCUGAGUGUCGGUCGAGCUAGCAUCGAGGAUGUUAACAUGGCUGAAGAAGUUGUGGUUGGCACCUUGCAGAGAGACCAAAUGCAGUCACACUGCGAGUACGUGAACAAGUUGUUGGAGGUUGAAGUCGAUCUGUUUACUGCUAGGGGUGCUGCGGUCAAUGGCGACAAGCGAUAUCAGCAGACCAGACCUUCAGCAUCCGCAGAGAGUGCUAAGCGAGCCAGAGAUUUUAUCACUUCUUCAGGUUGGAGCGAGGUACAUCCUCUCUUUGCUGACCAGGCCGACGAUAUGGAAGCACAACGGGAGAAGAUGUUAGCAAUUGUUGGUGGCUUUCGACCAGGCGAGUCAAUCUUCGAAAUUACAGAUAGAAGAGGUGGGAAAAAGCACAACGAAGAAGCAAUUGAGGCUAUCAGGAAGAUCAGAUCAGGUCUAGAUGUCAAGAAGCACAAGUCGAUAGCUGCGAGGACCGCAAGAGAUGCUCUCCCAUUCCCUGAUUCACCUGAAGACGAGCAGAACGACCAAGCCAAAAACGAAGACGACGACACAGACGACGACGAGAUAACCAUCCAAAACCCCGAAGCCCUCCUCUCAGCCUCGGACUCCGAGCUGGAAGUCACCUUCAGCAACCACAAGAACAAAACCAACAAUAAUCCCAAUCCCGACCCAAUCUCCCGCUUCCGCUCCGGAAACUUCAUGUCCUACCUCCCCACCGACCACAACUCCGCCGAAGACGCCGGCUACUCCAUCAACCAAGGCUCCUCCGACUUCACCUCCGCCGCCCGCACCGCUACCAUGGACCUCGCAGGCGACGACGGUACAAACUCCAACAAUCCAACCCAAAUCAUGCGCUGGGACAAACGCCACAAGAAAUACGUCCGCCGCACCAACGACGACGACGGCUCCAAGGGCGGCCAACGCCUCAUCCGCGGUGAAAGCGGCGCCAAAAUCGCUGCGAGCUUCAAAUCAGGCCGUUUUGAAGAUUGGAAGAAAAAGAAUAAAAUUCACAAAAUGCCAAGGAUUGGUGAGGCGGAAUCGAGUUCUGCGGGGGCUGGUACGGGUACGUUGGGUGUGAAGCAGAAAUACAAACAUAAGAAGACCGAUGAGGCGAAGAGGCCCGAUAAGUUUAGAGAUGACUAUGAGAAGAAGAGUAAGAAAUUUAGGGAGAAGCAGCAGGAGCAGAAGGAGAUGGGCAUGAGUGAUAAUGCUGGCGGAGCUCGCCAUGAUAGGAAAGAUGUCAGGGGUGUGAAGAAGGGCAAGAUCACGAAUUCAGUUGAUGAUAUUCGUAAGGCGAGGAAGUUGAAGGAUAAUAGGAGAGAGAAAAAUGCGAGACCUGUGAGGAGAGGGAGGAGGUGA